ACGGUGUACGGUCAUAUGUGGGCUGCUGCGGACGUCCCCCUGCAGGCAUUGGGAGGUUAGUUCUUCUGUCAAACGUGUAGACGUGUAAUUAAACAACAAUGUCUUCAGUGGAGCAUCUGAGAGAGUUCGUCAACGAGCGACUGACGGCUGCUGCUCAAGAAAUAUUCGGAGUUUUAAAAAAAACUAUCGGCGAGUACGAGGACGAGAUUCAUCGUCAGCGCAGACGGUUGGAUCUCAUUUGGAAACCCGAAAUAAAAUUACACAGGAUCAAACAAAAGCUCCCACAGCAACAUGUCUGUAAGGAGGAGGAGGGUCAGAUUCAGGAGAGGAUCUCCAGUCUAGACCAGGAGGAGUCCAAGCCUCCCCAGAUUAAACAGGAACUGGAGGGACUCCGCACCAGUCAGGAAGGAGAGCAGCUCAUACCGAAGCAGGAGACCGAUGCCUUUAUGUUGACUCCCACUCGUGAGGAGAGUAAACACGGUGAAGAUCAGACUCUGAACUUUGAUCCUGUUGACAGUCUCUGUGCAGCAGAGGAAGAGUCUGUAGUCAACAUGCCAGUUAUAUCCUCUGUGGUGUCAGAAGCACACAGUGACCCACAGCUCUGCACUCAUAACUCUCAUGAAACUGAGAGCAAAAGCCAGAAAGGAGGCAAGCAUGGAGGUUCAGGAUCAACUAGCAAAGCAGAGCCCAAACCAAAGAGAAGACGUCGCAAAAGCAGCAGUCACAACAACAAUGUAAACAACCCUAAUUUGUCAAAGAUUCAACAUAUGACUGAAAAAGGUAAAAAGUCUUUUACAUGUGAAACAUGUGGAAAAGAUUACAAACAACGUUAUAGCUUUUUGACCCACAUGAGAAUCCACACAGGUGAGAAGCCGUAUUCUUGCAAAACAUGUGGCAAAGAUUUCAGACAUCAUGGUAACUUGAUGACCCACAUGAGGACCCACACAGGCGAGAGGCCGUAUUCUUGCGAAACAUGUGGGAAAAUGUUUAAAUUCCAUGGCGAUCUUACAGUCCACAUGAGGGUCCACACAGGGGAGAAGCCGUAUCCUUGCAAAAACUGUGGGAGAGCCUUCAGGAACAAUCGUGAAUUGACGAUCCACGUGCGAACCCACACUGGCGAAAAGCCAUACUUCUGCGAGACCUGCAAGAAAAGAUUCAAUACCGUGUCAGAGAGGAACAGGCACCUGAGAACCCACACGGGCGAGAAGCCGUAUCCUUGCGAGACCUGCAGGAGAAGAUUCAGUAACAUUUCGAACAUGAAAACACACAUGAGAAUCCACACUGGCGACAAGCCGUACCUUUGCGAGACCUGCAAGAAACGAUUUAACUCUACGUCUGACUUGAAUAGGCACGCGUUGACCCACACUGCCGAAAGGCCGUGCCCGUGCAAGACCUGCGGGCAACGAUUCAGCAUCAUGUCGAACAUGAGAAGGCACAUGUUGACCCACUUGAUCAGCGACGGUUUGAGCACUCGUACCCAACAGUCACGGUGAAGGUUCUUGCGGGAGUUAGCCACUACACACAGACAGUAAAAUUAAAAACUUGCAAUGCCAUGUUCAUCCUGCGGCGUCCUGCUGCGUCCUGCUGCGUCCUGCUGCGUCCUGC